CGAAUACCCGAACCGAGCUCCCUCGCGAUUCCCGCUGACCUUUUUUUGGGACGAACUUCUUUGCUCUUGCCCAUUUGAACUUUCAUGUUUCCCUUCAACCGAACCAUCUUAUACUUGAUAGAGAGAAGCCUCCCACAUUUAAAUCGCCCCUUGUGCGUCUGCAAAUAACCCAGGAUCUCAUACAUUCGUCAGCACGUCUUUCAGCUAUCCAUUGUAAAAACAACCUCACACAUUUAUCGGCACUUACGCCCUCACCGUUUCUCCGAUCUCGGCCCCCUUCUCACUAGCUCUACUCGAGGUUCGCUCAAUCUCUGGGCUUGGCGCGAUGACCCUGUCAGGCGUGGAAGUGGCCAAACACGACAGCAAGGACUCUUGCUGGGUUGUUGUUCAUGGCAAAGCCUACGAUGUGACCGAAUUCCUCCCAGAGCAUCCUGGAGGUACCAAGAUAAUCCUCAAGUAUGCUGGCAAGGAUGCUACCGAGGAGUUCGAUCCUAUCCACCCCCCGGACACGCUCGACAAGUACCUAGACAAGUCGAAGCACCUUGGCCCUGUCGACAUGAGCACCGUCAGCAGGGUAACCAGAGAGGUGGAUCCCGAUGAGGAGGAGAGGCUGAAGCGCGUGGCCGCCAUUCCCUCGCUUGAGCAGUGCUAUAAUCUGCUGGACUUUGAGGCGGUUGCGUCGAGGGUCAUGAAAAAGACGGCCUGGGGCUACUAUUCGAGCGCCGCCGAUGACGAGAUCACUCUCCGCGAGAACCACUCGGCUUUCCACCGUAUCUGGUUCAGGCCCAAGAUUCUCGUCGAUGUUGAGAAUGUCGACAUCUCAACAACCAUGCUGGGCACCAAAACGGACGUCCCCUUCUACGUUACCGCCACAGCCCUGGGCAAGCUGGGCAACCCAGACGGGGAGGUCUGUCUGACAAAGGCGGCGGGAAAGCAUGGGGUCAUCCAGAUGAUCCCGACGCUCGCCUCAUGCUCGUUUGAUGAGAUCAUGGACGCUGCAAAUGCAACCCAGAUCCAGUGGCUGCAACUGUAUGUCAACAAGGACCGCGAGGUGACCAAGCGCAUCGUGCAGCAUGCGGAGCAACGGGGCUGCAAGGGGUUAUUCAUCACGGUGGAUGCGCCGCAGCUGGGCCGGCGUGAGAAGGACAUGCGAUCGAAAUUCGGCGACGAGGGCUCUAACGUCCAGCAGGGCCAAUCAAUGGACACUUCUCAGGGCGCCGCGCGAGCCAUCUCCAGCUUUAUCGAUCCGGCGCUUGCUUGGAAGGACAUGGCUUGGUUCAGGAGCAUCACCAAUAUGCCCAUAGUAAUCAAGGGCGUGCAGCGGGUCGAGGAUGUCAUCAAGGCGGCCGAGGCCGGGCUGGACGGCGUUGUGCUUUCGAACCACGGCGGCCGGCAGCUCGAGUUUGCGCGCUCAGGCAUCGAGAUCUUGGCAGAGACCAUGCCUGUUCUCCGGCGCAUGGGUCUGGACGACAAGAUCGAGGUCUACAUCGACGGAGGCGUCCGGCGCGGUACCGACAUACUCAAGGCGCUCUGCCUGGGCGCCAAGGGCGUGGGCAUCGGGAGGCCGUUCCUGUACGCCAUGUCGGCGUACGGCGUCGAUGGCGUCGACCGGGCCAUGCAGCUGCUCAAGGACGAGCUUGAAAUGAACAUGCGCCUCAUCGGCUGCACAAGCGUGGACCAGCUCAACCCGUCCCUGAUCGACACCAAGAGCCUGUGCAACCACGGAAACGGGACUCCGAUAGACAACCUGUCUCAUACCGUCUACAGCCCGCUCAGCAACCCGCCGCAGCGGACCGGGGCGAAGCUAUAAGGCGGGAGUGAAGAGGAUUGUUGCACCUGAGUGUCUGGCUACUACGUAUUUAUGAUAUAUUUGAGAGUUCAUCUUGCCAAUUUUGACAGCGUCCA